AUGACAGGCCAGAUGGAGGGCCUCAACGGGGCGGGGACUCCAACCAAGGACAUCCGUGGUGCCAGUGGUCUCCGGUGCAGAUCACCCGGCCAGCCUGCCAACGGCUGGAUCGUCGACAAAGCCACCUCCUACUUCAACCGGGACCUGGCCACGUACCAAUGCGCGGACGGGUUCGUCCUCUUCGGGCCGAGGCAGCGGAUGUGCUUGGAGAAUGGGACGUGGAGCGGGAGGCUGCCCACGUGCGAGUUCAACUUGGCCCGUGGAAAGGUGAGCGAGCAGAGCCUGACGUCAUCGAAUCAUCUGUCGGAUCUGGCCGUGGACGGAGACCCGGGAACGUGCUCGUACGCGCUGAGGGACACGGGUUCGUCGAGGUGGUGGCAAGUGAACCUGGGACGAAGGUCCAAUAUUGCCUCCGUCGGCAUCCGCAUCCAGCGAGUUCCUUCCAAGCCGAACAACCUGCGAAUGGUGGAUCGGACGCCGACGACCAUCGCACUCAAGUGGGACCGGCCGGACCACGCCAUCAACUCCAUCAUCAGCUACGAGUUGUACUGUAACGUCGCCAAUUCGACGGAAGUGAAUCGCAGAAGCAUUCCGGUCGUGGAAGAGUACCUCCUCACCAGCCUUCGUCCGAACAAUCAGUACUUCAUUUGGCUCGCUGCGAAAAGCAUGGAGGGCGAAGGUGCAUCCACUCCUCCCUUGCAGGUCUCCACACAGGAGUACGACAGGGUGGCAUGUGGAGACCCCGAGCAGCCGAUCUACAGCAGCGUGAACCGGACGGAGAACCAAGCUCAUUAUUCCUGCCUCCCCGGCUUCAUCUUGAAGGGGGAGACGGUACGGAACUGCCUGGCUGACGGGAAGUGGUCAUCCUUGCCUCCGACGUGUGUCGGCAGAUACGUGUUCGGGCUUCGGGCCAUCUACGAGUGUAACCCAGGGUUUCUUCUCUGGGGAAAUGCCACGAGGACCUGCGGUCCUCUUGGGGUCUGGUCCGGGUCUGUACCGCAGUGCAAGAAGGUGCAGUGUCCAGUUCCACCGUCGUUCGCAAAUGCGAGAUCGAUCCUUCCCAACGGAUCCACCGAAUGGGAGGCCGUUGCUGUUUAUCGAUGUGAUCCUGGAUUCAUCCUACCGGAUGGCGGAAGGGAGUUGAGGACCCGAUGCAUCGACUCGGGGAAGUGGGAGUCGGUCGUGGUGGACUGCAUGAGCGAGACAUGGGAGGACCGAGGACGGAGUCUGGAGACAGAGGUGCGCCGCACGAAUGACGAACACGAGGGUGCGAAGGAGGUGAAGGAAGGGGAAGCGAAGGAAAGAGAGGGGAAUGUGACGGGGGGACUGAAGGAGGCGUCGAAGGUGGAGGUCAUCGUGGGGAUCACCGUCAUGACCGUCGUGCUGUGUCUCGUUCUGGCCAUCAUGGGAUAUCUCUUUCUCAAGCGCAGGCGUUCUCGAGGCGACGUGAAGGAGAGCGUGCUAAAUCCGCGCUCCACCCCACGCUGCCCCGGUAUCGAGGCCCGCGACCAUUUCUACGACGAGGUCUACACCCUGUCGACCCGCAGCCGUUUCUCCUCGGCCGCCGGCGCUGGCCAGACUCCAGCGACAGGCGACUACGACUCCCUGGAGCCGAUCUCUAUCUACCCAGAUGGACUCCCAUCCCAGAUGGACUCUUCUAUCCCCGACGGCUCGUCCUCCGUCGACGACAAUCCCUCUCUCAUAUACGACGUGCCGGGGAAGGGACAGUCGAACCGGGAGCAUCGAUACCAGUACCUCCCGGUCUUGAAGCCCCUCUACACCCCCAAGGGCACCACGAUGCCCGACAUCAUGAUGUCGACGAACGUCACUGCAGACAUCCUCCCCCUCUGCGCCAAGGUGAACAAGUCGAAGAUGACUAAGACGAAGGGAUCGGAAGCACCAAACGACCCACCCAGAUCCUCCAGUCCCUCCUACUACAACCCGAUCCCCGCUCACUCCCGUCCCAACUCGGACUACGAGACCCUGGACGAAGCCCAACAGAAGCAGGAAGAGGACGUCAUCUACGCCGAGAUCGACGUCCUGACCCGUGAAACCGAUCGCCUGCAGUCAAACGAGGAACAAGGUGGACGAGCCCAUUCCAAUAGUGGGCCUCCUUUCGUUUAA